AUGUCCUCUUCGGAAGAUGAGGAUUUCCAGUCCUCGCCUUCGCGCUCGCCGUCCCCGAAGCGCGCGAAUGGGAAGAAGGCGGGGGGAGGCGCCAAAAACAAAACUAUCGAGCAGAGGUACCAAAAGAAGUCGCAGCUCGAGCAUAUUCUGCUGCGGCCUGACACCUACAUCGGCAGCACAGAAGUCCACACGCAGGCGCUCUGGGUGAUGGAGGAAGGCCAGGAGCGCAUGACGUACAAAACCAUCAACUACGUCCCAGGCUUGUAUAAAAUCGUCGAUGAAAUUCUGGUUAACGCCGCGGACGUGAAGGCGCGCGAGUCCGAAGAGCAUCAGGGCAAGACGCUCAAGCCCGGCGCGCGGCGCAUGUCGGCGAUCAAAAUCGACAUCAAUAAAGCCACAGGACGCAUUUCCAUUUGGAACGAUGGCGAAGGGAUUCCGGUAGCGAUUCACCAGGAGCACCAAGUUUACGUCCCUGAGAUGAUUUUUGGGCAGCUGCUCACGAGUGACAACUACGACGACAGCGAGUGCAGAGUGACGGGCGGGCGCAACGGCUACGGUGCCAAGCUGACUAACAUCUUCAGCCGCGAGUUCUCAGUCGAGUGCGGAGACGGAGAGAGGAAAAAGAAGUUCAAGAUGACUUGGACGCGGAAUAUGGGGCAGAAGAGCGAGCCAGAGAUUUCCGCCUUCAGCGGCACAGACUUUGUCAAGAUUUCCUUCGUCCCCGACUUCACCAAGUUCGGCAUGACUGGACUGGACGACGACGUGCUGUGUCUGCUGCGGAAGCGCGCGUACGAUCUAGCGGGAACAUCGGGCGUCAAGGUCUUCCUGAACGGCACGCGAAUUGGCAUCAACUCGUUUACCGAAUACGUCGAUUUGUAUCUCGGCACCGGCGGGAAGAAGGGGAGUCGCGCCGAGGAGGCGAACAAGAGCGACGAGGAAGACUACGACGUGGACUCGGACGACGACGACGGAGAGUGGGGCGGAGAAAAGAAGAAAAAACGCGGCAAGGCUACGAAGAAACGCACCAAGAAGGGCGGAGACGACGCAGGUGCAGGCGAGGACAACGAAGGGAACGGCGAAAACGGCGUCGAGAAAAAAGUCAUCAAAAUCCACGACAAACAGUGGCGCUGGGAGGUCGUCAUCUCCUCAACAGACGGCGGCCAGUUCCAACAGGUUUCGUUCGUCAACAGCAUCUGCACGACGAAGGGCGGCACCCACGUGUCUCACGUCCUCGAGCCGCUCCUCGCGGCGAUUGUGAAGAAGGCGAACGCGAAAAACCGUGGAGGGAUGGAAAUCAAAUCUGCUCACGUCAAGCAGCACCUGUGGAUCUUCGUCUCGUGCUUGAUCGUCAAUCCCGCGUUCGAUUCCCAGACGAAGGAGACGCUCACAACCAAGCCCGCGAGGUUUGGCAGCAAAUGCGCCCUCGCGGACAAGACGAUCAGCGGCGUCGUCAAAUCCGCAAUCGUAGAGAACGUAGUCAUGUGGGCACAGACGAAGCAACAAGUGGAGCUGCGCAAGCAGAUGAAGGUGGGGAAGACGAAGGGUCGCGAGCGCCUCGCGGGCAUUCCGAAGCUCGAAGACGCGAACGAUGCAGGCGGGAGGCACUCGCAGGAGUGCACUCUGAUUCUCACCGAGGGAGACAGUGCCAAAACGUCCUGCCUGGCGGGGCUGUCAGUCGUCGGCCGAGACCGAUUCGGAGUCUUUCCUCUCAGAGGAAAGCUCUUAAACGUUCGCGACGCCUCGUUCAAGCAACUCGCGGAGAACAAAGAAAUUCAGAAUAUUUUGAAGAUCGUCGGGCUCCAAGUGAACGACCGCACGGAAGACGCGCGCGGCCUCCGCUACGGCUCGCUGAUGAUCAUGACUGAUCAGGACCACGACGGCUCCCAUAUUAAGGGGCUGCUGAUCAACAUGAUGCAUCACUACUGGCCGCAGCUGCUCAAGUGUCGCGGCUUUCUCAAGGAAUUCGUGACACCCAUCGUGAAGGUUUCGAAAAACAACGUGGAAAAAGCUUUCUAUACGAUUCCCGAGUACGAGCAGUGGAAGCGAUCCUGCAACACGACCGGCUGGAAGAUUAAGUACUACAAAGGUCUGGGUACUUCCACGGAUCGCGAGUUCAAGGAGUAUUUCAACGACUUGGCGAAGCAUCAGAUCGACUUCGUCUGGUCAGGGCAACACGACGGCGAGUUGAUCGACAUGGCGUUCAACAAGCGCCGCGCGGAGGACCGCAAGCGCUGGCUGCAAAGCUACCGCGAGGGCACGUAUGUCGACCACAACGCCUCGAGUCUGUCCUACGCGGACUUUGUGAAUAAGGAACUCAUUCUUUUCUCGCGCUACGACACCGAGCGAUCGAUUCCACAGCUGGUUGAUGGCUGGAAGCCAGGGCAGCGGAAAGUUUUGUUCGCGUGCAUCAAGAAGAACAUGAAACACGAACUGAAAGUUGCGCAGCUCGCCGGAUACGUGUCUGAAGUCAGCGCGUAUCACCACGGCGAAGCUAGCUUGCAGCAGACGAUCGUCACGAUGGCGCAGCGCUUCGUCGGCAGCAACAACCUGAACUUCCUUGAACCCGUUGGCCAGUUCGGCUCGCGCAAAGAAGGCGGGAAGGACGCUUCAGCGGCACGUUACAUCUUCACGAAGCUUGCCUUCUACACGCGCCUUGUCUUCCACGAGGCCGACGACCCCAUUCUAGAGUACGAGUACGAAGAGGGGCAGCGAAUCGAGCCGAAAAUGUACGUGCCAGUCAUUCCCACAGUCUUGGUCAACGGCAGCGAAGGCAUCGGAACGGGUUGGUCGUCCUUCGUGCCCAACUACAAUCCUCGAGACAUCAUCGCAAACUUGAAGAGGUACAUCGACGGCGAAGAGAUGCAGCGCAUGUCGCCGUGGUAUAGAGGCUUCAAAGGCCGCAUCGAGGCGAACGCUGCAGGAACGGGGUUCGAAACCAGCGGCCUCAUUGAAAAAUGCGCCGACGACGCGUAUCAGAUCACUGAACUCCCCAUCAAGCGCUGGACGCAGGAUUACAAGGAAUGGCUGGAGGAGCAACUGCCGACGGCUGAGAAGAGAGACACGCUGAUUGCGGACUACCGCGACUGCAGCUCGCACGAGGAAAUACACUUCACCGUCAAAGUUUCGGAGGAUCGCCUGGACCGGCCCGUGCGAGAGGGCCUCGAAAAGUACUUCAAGCUGAAGACUUCGCUGAGCACAACCAACCUGACGCUCUUCGAUCCCCUCGGCCGCGUGCAGCGAUACGCGAACGAGCUCGAAAUCAUCAAGGAGUUCGCCCCCGUGCGGCUCGAGUUCUACAAUCGUCGCAAAGCGUAUUGUCUGGCGAUGCUGGAGAAGGCGCGGCGCAUCCUGAGCAAUCGUCUGCGCUUCAUCCUCGCCGUCAUCAGCGGCGAGUUGGUUGUCAGCAACAAGAGGAAGAACGUGCUUGUUGAGGAGCUCUUCUCCAAGGGCUACGAUCCAAUGAAGGAAAUCGAGGACGCGGCGGAGGCCGAGAUCCGCGCAGCGCUGAAGCGAGACGCCACUAUCGACGACGAGGCUCUCGCGGAGGGCGCCGACGAAGAGGGUGAGGAGGAAAUAGUCGCGGGCUGCACUGCGAAGGACUACGACUACCUCCUCGGAAUGGCGCUGUGGAGUCUCACCUUGGAGAAAGUGGAGGACCUGCGUGGAGAGAUGCGGGAGAAGGAAGUGGAGCUCGAGGAUUUGAAGCGAACCUCGGUGCAGACGCUCUGGAAGCGCGACCUCGAUGCGUUGCUUGUGGCGCUGGAUAAGCAGGACGAAAUCGACGAGAUGUUGUUGCAAGAAGGCAGAAAGUUCCAGAAGAAGGCGCGCGGGGGCCAGGCGGCGCUGAUGGCGAAGAAGAAAGGAAAGGCGGCGCCUCGAGGCGGCAAGGCAGCGCCGAGAAAGAAAAAGAGACACAGUGACUCGAGUGAAGAAAGCAUCUCGUCUGAGUCCUCGAGCGAAGAGGAGAGCGCGGAUGAUAGCGGCGAAGAGAGCGACGAAGACACGUACACGCCGCCCAAGAAGGCGAAGGGCGGCAGCAAAGUGAGUCCUCCGAACCGGGGCGUGUCGAGCGCUGCAAGCAGGUCUCCCAGCGGCGUCAAUACGCCCGCGUCAACGCGACACAACGAGCUGGACACGGCCUCCUCGGCGACAGCCGAUCUCAACAAGAAAGACGAGAAAGCGGAAGGCCAAAAGACCGAGGCAGGCAGUCUCCGCGCGAGCGAGAGCGGCAACGUCCCUGCGACGUGGAAGGCAGAGACGAUGAAAGAAGAGGUCCAGGACUACGCAUGUCCUCUCAAAGCCGAGAUUGAGGCGGGCGUUCCCGACGGCUCGGCGUUCGUAUGCGGUUAUGAGAAUGCAGAUAUGGACGUAUACCCGCCCCGGUCUUCGUCAGUCUCUGCGCCGGUCCCGGCGCCUGUCAUCGCGAAGCCUCUCUCGCUGCUGGAGCGGCUGAAGCUGGGUUCGUCAACGAGCUCUCUCUUGAGCGUCGGAGGGACGAAGAAGCAACUCACUCUGGAAGAGAUCUUUGGGUCGAAGAUCGCAAAGCCCGCGAGCGCGUCUGAGAAGCCGGACGCGCUGGCGACAAACUGCGAGAACGUCGCCGCCGGCGGAGCGACCUCUGCAAGCAGCCGCAGCCAAGCAGGAAAGUCGCUCUUUCUGGCUUCCGAGGACGACGCGUCGCCUGCGAAAUCUGCAGGGGGCUCCGCGUCCUCAGCGGCCGCGGCGGCCGCGGAGAGCGGACGUCAGAGCGCGUUGGCGAGUCAGGAGAGUGUGCGGGAGAAGAAGCGAAAGAAAGUCGCUUCAGACUCCGAAGAGGACAGCCGAAAAGGCGAGCGCACCCGCAAGAAGGCGCUUGUUCUCUCCUCUGACGACGACGCGAAAAGCGAAGUGGACUCGCCUGCGAAAAAGAAGUCGUCAACUCCGCGAAAGCCAGCUGCGAAGCAACGAGCCGCGUCCAAGAAGAAGAGAGCAAGCAGCGACGAUGAAAAAUCAGAGAACAGCAGCGUAGCGUCGCCCCUCUCUUCCAGUAGGCCGCAGAGACGCGCAGCUGCGACGCCGAGGAAAUAUGCCAUUUCGGACUCAAGCGAAGAAGACACCGAGUCAGACGCCUCAAUCGACAGCGCCGAGGACGACGAAUGA